AGCGCAGCCAGAGGCGUCCCGGUCCCGGAUCCAGAUGGGGUUCCUCCAGUGGCGCCUUCUGCUGACAGGGGCAAUCCUCCUCAUGCGGCUGCGGGGAUCGUGGGCUGGCCCCUCUUCACACACUAUGAAGUUUUUCAAGGUGAGCGUCUCCGAGCCUGGCCACGAACUUCCCCAGUUCAUCAUUGUGGGGUACUUGGACAACGAACGCUUCCUCCGGUAUGACAGCAACACCCGGCAGAUGCUGCCCCAAGCCCCCUGGGUGAGGAAGGUUGAGGAAGACAAUACGGACUACUGGUACUGGCAGACCUAUUUCUCACAGAACGUGGAACAGUUUUUCAAAGACCAUCUCUGGAAACGCCACAACCACAGCAAGGGGUUUCACACCUGGCAGUGGACGCAUGGCUGUGAGCUGACCCAGGGUGGGCACAAAAGAGGUUAUAACCAGUUUGGCUACGAUGGGAGGGACUUCCUCAGCUUAGACAAGGAGACCCUCACCUGGGUAGCAGCUGAUGCAUCAGCGCAAGUGACCAAGCGGACAUGGGAGGCUGCGCCAGCCAUUGCUGCCCAUGAGAAGUACUACCUGGAGGUGGAAUGCAUCAAGUGGCUGCAGAAGUUCUUGGCCUAUGGGGAGGAGAUGCUGCUGAGGACAGAGCGCCCAACAGUGAAGGUGGCACGCAAGGAGGGCUACAAUGGCCAGGAGACUCUCAUUUGCCAGGCCUAUGGCUUCUAUCCCCAGGAGAUUGUCAUCUCCUGGACAAAAGAUGGGGAAGACCAGUGGCAGGACACCUUCCAUGGGGGUGUCGCCCCCAACUCAGAUGGGACUUACCACACCUGGCUCAGUAUCGAGGUGGACCCAAAGGACAGGGGCCGCUACCGGUGCCAGGUGGGACACAGCAGCCUGCCGGAAGACCUGGAUUUGGCCUUGGAGGAGCCAGCAUCCAACCUGGGGCUCAUUGCAGGAAUCCUCGGGGGUGUCUUGGCUGCUCUCAUCCUGCUAGGGGCUGGGAUUGCCUUCCACAUGAAAAAUUAUAAUCGUCCCGAGGGUGGCUACAAAACACCAGGAACAGCCUAAAGCAUCCCCGAUAAGGAUUCGUCCAGCCACUCCUUGAAGACUGCCAAUGAGGGGGAACCCGCCACAUCCAUGGGCAGCCAAGACUCUUAACGUGGAGAAGUCUUUCCUAAGGUUCGGCCGGUACCUUCCCUCCUGUAGUUUAAAUUGAUUGUUUCGAGUCCUAUCCUCUGUUGUCAACAGGAACUGUUCCCUUUCCUCCUCUGGCAGCCUUUUAAAUGCUUAACGGUCUGGCUGAGGCACUGUUGGCUCCAGUGCUGGGUGUCAGAACCUGUUUUAACCUAAGUAACGCCAUGUUUAAUCCUGUAGUGUUUAGACUUCUUUCCCUCCAGGCAAUACCUGCAAGGAGCCGAUUCCAUGGGAAAGGAUACUGUCUUAUCUGCUGUCUCAACCUUGGCCAGCUCAGCGCUCCUCUGAGAAGUUUUGCUGUAUGAACUCGGGG